UCCAGUAAUGUUGAUUAGAUAGUGGCUGUUUUCUGCUGGUCAGUUCAGAGAGCUGACAGUGAAAGGCUACCAUAUGGCAAGACAGGAAGGAGGGAGAAAGAGAGCACAACACACUAAAGGGGGGAGAGACAAGAAAUGACAGGAGGUUGUAAGGAGAGAGAGAGUGAGAGAGAGAGAGGAGCAGAGUGGGAGGGGGGAGAGCGUAGGAAGCGAGAGGGAGAGCACAAGAGGAUAAGUAAGAGCAGCUAGAACAUGGGGAUGACAAAAACGAUGGAGACCGGAAAAAAAAUGUGUAGACCUGGGUGGUGAUAGUUGCGAGCGUUGGGGGUGGGGAAUGAUCGAGAUGAGUGAGAAACAGGGUGAGAGAGGUGGGUGGUAGAGCCUACAACUUGGAAGCAGAGGAGGUGACAGUGGGGGGUGUUCACUGCUCAGUGAUGUGUUAUGAUCCAACCCCCCCCCACCCCCCACUACAUUCACACACACAAAUGUGUUUUUGUCACUUAGGAGGACACUGAUUUGACUUACAUUUGUUCUUGGAGACUUAUCUUACAAGACAAAGCUGGGAAUAUUCUUUAUGUUUUUCAUGAAAAGACCAUCAGCAAUGCAUUAGUCCGCCUCUUAAUGCUCUUUGACAUCCUUACCCAAUCUAUGUCUCUCAAACCUAAACAUAUUCAUUCCUGGGGAAGAAAUAAAUCCUUAAAAACUAGUAAUAAAUAUACUGUUUCAUUUUUUGAAAAAGACUAGAUAAUAAAAAACAGCUGAGCACUGUAGUUGUUAGUGAAUGUUACUCAAACAGAAAUAAAUGGUAUAUUUGUUAAGGGCUAUUCUGAGUCGUGGAUUAAUACACAUUCAGUGCUCUAGUGAGUUUUUACGGCAGCAGGACAGCGUAUGUGGGAUUGACUCAAAAUAAACAGCAGUGCCGAUGUUCAUUGUAAUGAAGGAAAAUGUCACCCAGUGAAGCACUGUGGCUCACUGGUGUGUUUUUAGUAGUUUUUAGGCAACAAUCCAGGUCAGAGGCAAAGAGGAAUUAGCUAUAUCAGCCUUUUGGCAGCACAAUAAUUGUUAGUGAUACAUUUGUUAUUUGUUGACAAUAAUCACAAUAUAUAUCAUCAGCCUCAUCUAAAACUUAAUGGUUUACCUUGUGAGAACCAUCUUAUGGAGCUGAGUCCCUGUAAUGUGACUGUAUGAACAGAUUUAUGUCCCCACAAUGUGAUUAAUAUACACACAUACACACGCAGAGUCUCUCUCCCUCACUCUCUAUCUCUCUCCUCUCUCUCUAGCUCCCUUGCUCGCUCUCCCUCAUUCUGGCUCUGUUGCCAAGGCUACCGUACAGCCUCUUGCUGCAUAUACCUAGACGAAGCUGCCGCCUGUGGAUCUCUCUCUCCUCCAGGAUACAAACAAAAGAAAACCCAUCAGACUUUAACACCUCUAUCUCUCCUCCGCACACAGACACACACACCCACAUUCGUAGAUUCUGCCUUUCCUAACCUCACACACAUAUCCUUCGCCUCUCUCUGUCUCUCACUGUCGGUCUGUCUCCUUAUUCCAUGCGAACACACUCAUUCUUCUCCCAGACAGAGGAGCAGUAAAGGGAUUGGCGUGGUUCUUGGUGUUUGGCUCCUGGUCUUUGGCUCAGGAGGGAGCAGAGCAGCAGAUGGCGAUGUGAAGACGGGCUCAGCCAGAUUCGACUGUGCUGCACAAUGGCUGCCAACGGCUGGUUGCUACAGGAUACAGGAUUUAACUUGAUCAUGUGAUCUGACUCUCUCCCCAGUUCCCUGCCAUCUAUCAUAGGGGGAUCAUGACCCGCCGGCUGAGCAGCUCUACCCGUUCCCACACCGAGGACUCCAUCUUCCUGAGGCCCGACGAGGACCCUGUCUGGCUGGAUGAGCCCACAAAGACUGAGAAAAUAGGCGACGGAGCCCCUAAAAAAGAUGGACUCCCAGAAUGCAAAGACGGACCCACAGGGGGCCAAAGCCCACAGGGAGAGGAAGUGUUUAUGCACAAAGUGUACGCGCUGGUGAUUGAGAUCCACUGCUGGGCUGCGCUGUUUGUCGUCUCCCAAGUCACGGGGUACUGGGUGUUUUUUGUGGUGGAGGGAAACGGACCACUCUCUUCCAUCUAUAAAGCCCUGCAGGUCAUCGACUUCUACCUUGGCUUCAUCCUACCCUGCCACCCGAUCUUUGGAAUGGAUUCCAUGGUGCUGAUGAGGGAGGUUGUAAACACUAAACAGCACAACUGGAUCGUCCAUGGCACUGCAGGCAUCGGUGUGGCCAUCUGUGUUAUCAUGGUCAUCCACAUGGUGUGUAAGUGGCGUUACGGCGCUGGCCUGUGGUCGUCGGGAACGGUAUCGAGGGACCUUGGUGAUCGGCGUCAGUCAGUGAGCCGCCAGCCCUCCUUCACCCUGUCAGAGUGGACGGAUGCUCAAGAGGAUCUACUGGAUCUGGACCCUGUGCCUCAGACACCAGUCUUUGACAUAGGCACUGAGACCAGGACGGAGGGAGAUGCUGCCACCCUCAGUGUCACACCUGUGGGGCUUCAGGAAAGGAGGGGCUCCAAUGUUUCCCUGACCUUGGACAUGUGUACACCAGGCUGCACUGAGCCCUACGGCUACGGAGCCCAGCUCUCCCCGAGAGACCAGUCAGCCCAGGAGUACCUUCGACAGGGAACACACAUCCUGACCCCUGCCAUGCUACACACACGGGCCAUGGAUGACCAGAGCCUGCAGGCUGAGUUUUAUGAAACUCCCAUGAACUUUGUGGACCCUAAGGAAUACAACUACCCAGGGCUGGUGAGAAAGAAUCGCUACAAGACCAUCUUACCCAAUACACACAGCAGAGUGAUCUUGAAGUCACAGGAUGAAGAUGAUUUCCUCACCACCUACAUCAAUGCUAAUUAUCUCAGUGGUUAUGGGGGUGAGGAGCGUGCAUACAUUGCCACCCAGGGUCCCACCGUGAAUACAGUGGGGGAUUUCUGGAGGAUGGUGUGGCAGGAGAGAAGCCCAAUCAUAGUGAUGAUCACCAACCUGGAGGAGAAAAAUGAGAAAUGUGCAGAGUACUGGCCUGAGGACACUGUGACCCAUGAGGGCAUCGAGAUCACCGUCGUCACGGUAACCCAGGAGGAUGACUACAGUCUGAGGGUGUUUACGCUGAAGUGUGGGGGAGAGGAGCGCAGUCUGCGGCAGUACUGGUACACCUCGUGGCCUGAUCAGAAGACCCCAGACAAGGCUCCACCCCUGCUGGAACUGGUACAGGAAGUGGAAAGGGCCCGAGAGGAAGCCCCGCCCUCCAGCGGGCCUAUAAUUGUCCACUGCAGUGCUGGAAUUGGUCGAACUGGCUGCUUUAUUGCCACCUCCAUCCUGUGCAAGCAGCUGAGGACUGAAGGUGUGGUUGACAUCCUGAGAACCACCUGCCAGCUCCGUCUGGACAGGGGUGGGAUGAUCCAGACAUGUGAGCAGUACCAGUUUGUGCAUCAUGUCCUCAGCUUGUAUGAGAAGCAGCUGUCUCACACCGCUGAGGAGUAGUAGAGUGAGCGCUAGAGCCAGACCGAGACACACCACUGUACACUGUACCGCCUCUGGUGGUAUGCACCACUGUACCUAGCAUCAUCUCAAUCUCACCCUUUAACAAGUUCAAACAAUGUUUAUCUCUUCACCCAAGACAGGCUCGCUCAGACAGGACUGAAUGGCUGACAUGAAAUCUGUGCUUAUUGUAUGUCUUUGAGCGGAACAAAAAUCUGGAGGUUGGGAUUUGAGAUAGCCCUCCAAAAAUCCUAAUCACACACUUUAGUGUUAUUGAACCACGCAGUCCUGGAGAGUCGCAACAGUCAGGCCCAAAAUAAUCCAAGCCUGCACUCCUGACAUCAUUUCAUUUGCACUGCUGAGGUUUUUAUCGCGUUACUGUACAUGAGUCGCAGACACGAAGGCAUCAAUUAGUACUUCUAAAAUGAAGUACCCCCCUCACACACUGUAUGUACAGUUAUCAAAAGGUUUAAGUGGGGCUGAAGUAUAAUUAGAUCACCUGCAGUGGCGACAGUUUAGUAUAAGGAAGAAAUUUAAGUUUCCCAAAGUGUUAGUAGUAGUGUCAAUAAUAAGGGCCCCUUACAGUACAAGUGCCAGCAUAAAUUAAAUCUAUAGAAAUAAACAAAUGCCAGCCUAAUAUUUAACUCUGUAUAGAUAUGAAAUUUCAUAUGAAAUAUAAGUUAUCACCUGGCUUUUCCUCACUGACUCUCAUUGACUCUCGCGUUUAAUGUAAAAAAAAAAAAUCAUUUACAGAUGACCUGUUUCAACUUUUGAUGCAUUCAGGAGCCACCUCAUCUUCAGGUUGCAUGGUGCUAAGUGUUCAUUAAAGGCAUGUGCAAUGUUAUGGAACAUAGGAAUGUAUAACAAUUAGGUUAUUAAUUAACUAAUUAGGAUUUCUGUGCAAUCUACAGUAUUACAGUUUUACCAUGCUGCCUGUGCAGUCCUCAUGGCCCAUGAUGUUUACAGUAAACAACUCCUGCAUUAAGGCCACAUAGACGUACACUCAGAGGCGUCACGGAGCUAGCGACACUGAGAGGACAGAGGCCAGAAAUAGAAUCAGACCAUCAGAAAAAUCAAUGCAGAGCUCUGGAGAAUCUGACAUAUAUAUACCGGGAGGGAAAGCAAAAAGUUGCAUCAACAAAUGCACCAUAAGGCAAUGAAGGACCUCACCUACAGCUGAUAUUCUUGUACAUGUCCCAUCACUAUCAUGAAGCUUAAAGUUACAUGCUCUGUGACGCCUCUGCUUUCAACAGUAGCUUGAACACAUCUGUGAAGUAAGAAGCCCAUGAUUGUUGUAUAGACAGGCCAGGCCUAAUCUGUAUGAAGCACAAUAGACCAACUAAGGUUGUCUCUCUGAUGUUCAGCUGUAAAAGUUCUUUUUUUCCGUAUUGUGUUUUGAUUGUGUUGAGUUUAAUGGAUUGCAUGUGCUGUAUGGGACUCCAUAGGUCCACAAUCAAAGCGACGUGAUUGGUUGUCCUGCUUUUUGUUGUGUAAAAGGGUUUAAGCCUAUUAUAUUGCUUGCUCUCGGCCAAUGCUUUUGAUACAGUUUGCUUUUGUGAAACCAACCAGAGAUAUUUUUAGAACAUUUUGAUACAAUCCUUUCGAGUAGAUGCCUUGUGUAUAUUUCCGUUUACACCAUGAUGGAAUGUAGCUCAUACUGUGGAUCAAACCAUCGGUUUAUAUUGCAAGAUUUGACAGAACAAAAUGUGACAACUACCUAAGUUACCUUACAGUACAGAAAAUAAAUAGAUUAUGUUCAGUCUUCAGUAUUAUUACUUUAUGCCUUUAGGCUUUGCUUUAAUAUGCUUUGCUUUCUGUGUAUGUUUUUAUCGUUUUCUUGGAGAAUUUUACCUCAGACUGAGUUUUUACGCAGUCCCCACUCUAGUCCAUCUGUGACACUAGGCCACUCUCAGUUGACAACACGAGAAAUAAUUGCUAUGUGUAAGGCAGCUAAAACAGUGAAGACAGUUUUAUAUGUAACAAAAAUCAAACAACUUCUAUCUCGACUUAAAUGCAUCAGAUCAACAGUCAUGAACAUUAUCAGAGGAUGGAAUUAACCGUGUGGGCUCGGACCAAUUCAUAAACAUCGAAUCAACUAGCAAAUUAAACUGCCAAAAUUUACCUUUUCCAGGAACAUGGGACUGAGAUCAAGAAGAAAAGCUACAAUCUAUUGUCAGACUCUUGGCACAAUCCUCUGAUAAUGUCCAGUGCACUUGACUGAAAAGCUUUUAUUUUGAGUGCUUGUUUUCAGUACUUACCUGGUCCUCUUCUGAUGAUCAAAAUGGGGAUGACAACAUAGCCAAACAGUCAGACAUACAACCAACCAGCAAUCAGUAUUUCUCUCCUCUGCUACAGUAUCGCUUUAAGUUGUGAGUUUUUGCAUCCAAAUAAAGGUAGAUUUUCAUGAA